AUGAACAUCCGCGAUGUGAACAUUACCGGCUUCAGCUGUGCGAGAUGCAAUGCUCCGGAUGAUGCUGAUACCGGUAUGGUGGGUUGUGAUAAUUGCUCCCAAUGGUUCCACUUCAAGUGCGUGGGAGUUUCCGCCGAAGUGAAAAAUGUUUCCUGGAGCUGCUCUGAUUGCAAGGACAAGUGUGCCGUUGGAAAUGAUGCAGAAAAUGAAGAAAAAGCUGUGGAAAUUUCCGACCAGAAUACGGAAGAGGGGGAAAACGCAGAAGACGGUGGCGGAUGUAUGCCAGCUGCUGACCCCAAUGAGGCACUUUACUCAUCAGUGGAGGAACUUGAACGGGAGCUGUUGCAGUUAGAAGAAACCCGAAAAUUGCAGAGGCGGAAGAUGGAGUUGGAAAAGCUCGUUCAUCGUAGGCGGCUGGAAGCCCAACAAGAAUUGGCUGAACAACGUCAAGAAAUGGAACGGGAGAAGCGACAGAUGGAACUCGAGAUAGAACGGGCACAUUUGGAGAAAGCGAUUGCUGCAGAAGAAGCCUACCGUAAGGAGCAGCAAGAAAUGCGUAACCAGCUGGAUGGGAAACUGCAGAAAAUGCGACAGACUCGACAGGAUGCUGAUAGGGUGAAGGCGAUUUGUGCCCCUAAGAAGAGUUCGGUGCAUAAAGUGGCCACGGGAGGGGACAAAGGAUUGGCGAAAGGUCAAUCGGACUACCGUGGUGCGUACAGCAAACAUUCGACGCCGAAGAAUGUCGGGAAAAACCCAACGUUUGUUGACACAGUUAACGACCCUACCCCGUCAAAAGUAGUGGAAGGCUAUGCGGAAUCGGAAGCGGAUACGGAUGCAGAAUCGGAAGCGAAUUCGGAAUCGGAAGCGGAGUCGAAAGUAGAAUCAAACGUGGAAUCGGAAGAUGAAGAGCUCGGUGAGCCUACGAAUUCACAAAUUCAAAGAUUUCCAACUAAGGCACAACUGUCUGCUAGACAAUUCAUCGCAAGAAAGUUACCGGUGUUUACAGGACGACCGGAAGACUGGCCGAUGUUCAUCUCGAGUUUUGAAACGGCAAAUGAAGCAUGUGGUUUCUCCAACAUCGAAAAUCUAGCACGCUUGCAAGAGAGUCUAAAGGGACCAGCAUUGGAGGCCGUUCGAAGCCGGCUGUUUCUACCGAAUGCAGUGCCUCAAGUAAUCGAGUCUCUCCGGAUGUUGUAUGGUCGACCGGAACAGCUCCUGAAUACGUUGUUGGCAAAAGUGCGCAAAGCUGAAUCGCCAAAAGCCGACCGUCUGGCCUCGUUCAUAGGAUUUGGUAUGGUCGUACAGCAACUUGUCGACCAUCUGGAAGCGACUAAUCUGAGAGAUCAUCUAAUCAACCCGAUGUUGAUUCAGGAGCUCGUGGAAAAGCUGCCGGCUGGUACAAAAAUGGAAUGGGUGCGGCACAAAAGGCAGGCUAAAUGUGUAAGUCUGCGAACUUUAUCUAACUUCUUGGCGGAGAUAGUACGAGAUGCUAGUGAAGCAACUGUGUUCAACGACGUACCGCCGCCACAAGACAACCGCACGAAUAAGAAGGGGAAGAACAACCGAAGUAAGGAGUACGAGGGAUUCGUCCACACACAUGGUGCCGAAACGAAAACGGGUGGUAUAAAGCAACCAGUCGAACCACGUCGAGAAUCAAGAACGCCAUGUCCGAUGUGUGCCAGAACCGAUCAUAGGGUUCGGAACUGUGCCGAGUUUCGAAAGCUGAGUGUAGUCGAACGCUUGGAGGCCGUAGAUGAUUGGGAACUGUGCCGAAUAUGUCUGAACGAUCACGGCAAGUCGACAUGCAAGUUGAACAUCGUGUGUAAGGUGGAGAAUUGCGGACAACGACACAAUACGUUGCUACACCAACCUCGUGUAGUUCUACGAUCGGACUGCAACACUCACAGCCAGAUAGGAUUGUGUCAACCGGUUAUUUUCCGCAUGGUGGCGGUGACAUUGUACCACGGACAUCGUGCUAUCAACAUUCUGGCGUUCCUGGACGAAGGAUCAUCCUAUACAUUGGUCGAAAGCUCGCUGACGAACCAGCUUAAAGUCAAGGGCCAAACACAACCACUACGUGUCACUUGGACAGCAGGUAUGACGCGGCUGGAAAGGGACUCACAGCGAUUGCAAUUGACGUUGUCGGCUCGAGGAUCGAAGGAGAGGUUCCAGAUUCAGAAUGUACACACAGUUCAAUCGCUGAACCUUCCACGACAGGCUCUACGAUACGCUGACGUGGCCAGUCAGUAUCCACAUCUGCAAAACCUUCCGGUGGUGGAUUACACGAUGGAACCACCGAAGAUUCUCAUCGGUCUCAAGCAUAUACAUUUAUUCGCCCCGUUAGAAUCACGGGUCGGAAAGCCGGAAGAGCCGAUUGCCGUGAGGUCGAAGCUUGGAUGGACAGUGUAUGGUCCACAAGAGCAACAAGACAUUUCCACUCCGUACGUUGGACAUCAUUCUUGUGCCGGCGUAUCAAAUCAGGAACUUCAUGACAUUCUGCGGUCUCAUUACGCUUUGGAAGACGCAGGAGUUUCGGUAGAUCUACUUCCGGAGUCGAGUGAAGAUCAGCGUGCACGGCAGAUCAUGGAAAGCACAACGGUGAGGAUAGGUGAAUCAGGUGAGCGCUUUCAAACGGGUUUGCUAUGGAAAGAAGACGAUCCGCAGUUUCCAAACAGCUACCCAAUGGCGCAACGACGCAUGAAGUUGCUGGAGAAACGCUUGUCCAAAAAUCCGGAGCUGAUGGAGAAUGUCCGAACACAGCUCGUGGAGUAUCAACGAAAAGGAUACUGCCACAAAGCUACGAAGGAGGAGUUAGGCACCGCCGAUCCAAAGAAAGUGUGGUACUUGCCGUUGAAUGUCGUGUUGAACCCCAAAAAACCGGGGAAAGUACGUCUGGUAUGGGACGCCGCAGCCACUGUACAGGGAGUGUCGCUAAAUUCGCAGCUGCUCAAGGGACCCGAUUAUCUCACCUCUCUCCCAUCGGUGAUUUGUCAGUUUCGGGAAUAUCUCGUCGGUUUUGGUGGUGACAUCCGAGAAAUGUUUCACCAGUUGAAGAUUCGGCCAGAAGACAGGCAGGCGUUACGAUUUAUUUUCUGUGGACAAGUGUACGUGAUGGAUUGUGCGAUCUUCGGAGCGACCUGUUCUCCAAGUCAAGCGAUGUACGUGAAGGACAGGAACGCUAAAGAGUGGGAGUCCGAGUUCCCAGAGGCGGCGACAGCGAUUGUAAAAAAACACUACGUAGACGACUACUUCGAUAGUGCGCAAAUCAUCGAGGAGGCAGUUCAGCGCGCAAGCGACGUCCGAUACGUCCAUUCCAAGGCCGGCUUCGAAAUAAGGAAUUGGGUAUCGAACUCCGUGGCCGUUUUGCAACAACUGGGUGAAACGCAGGUAAGCCAAGCUGUGCACUUCAAUCGGGACAAGGCGACCGACACCGAACGUGUUCUUGGCAUCAUCUGGAGUCCAUCUGAAGAUGUGUUCGCAUUUUCUACCAAAAUGAGAGAUGAUCUGCUGCCGUACUUAUUCGAAGGUAAGCGUCCUACUAAGCGGGUUGUCUUGAGCUGCGUAAUGAGUCUGUUUGAUCCGCUGGGUCUUCUGGCACCGUUUACGAUAUAUGGACGAGUACUAAUCCAAAAUCUAUGGAGGACUGGUUGUGAGUGGGAUGAUCCAAUUGACGAUGACUCGGUGCAGAAGUGGAUAACGUGGACCAGUUAUUUGUCUGCUGUCGAAGCGGUAAAAAUUCCUCGUUACCAUUUUGGCGAUGGCGUGGCACUGGAGUACGAUUCACUGCAACUACAUAUUUUUACGGAUGCGAGUGAGUGCGCAUAUGGUUGCGUUGCGUAUUUUCGAAUCUUGGCCGGAGGUGUUCCGAGGUGUUCAUUGGUUCAAGCCAAGUCAAAGGUGGCGCCACUCAAGCCGAACACUAUACCACGGUUGGAGCUGAUGGCUGCCGUACUCGGUGCGAGGAUGGUGAGCACAAUCAAGGAGAGUCAUAAUCUGGAAAUAAAGAAGGUGUUCCUGUGGACUGAUUCGCGUACGGUACAUUCCUGGAUCGUGUCCGAUCUGUGGAAAUAUAGGAUUUUCACUGCCCUCAGAGUCGGUGACAUCCUAAACAGAACCAUGGCGUCUGAUUGGCAUUGGGUACCAACGAGGCUCAACGUGGCGGACGAAGUGACGAAGUGGAACAAUGGGCCGCAGCUUGGUUCAGACAGUCGUUGGUUCAAUGGUCCGGGGUUCUUGUACCAGUCGGAGGAAGAAUGGCCGGCUCAGCCGGUAGUAAAGCCGAACACAAAAGAAGAACUGCGGGCUACGUUUCUGUUUCACGAUCUGGAUUUGCCGGAGCGCUUGAUAGAUGUGAGUAGAGUCUCCAAAUGGAAUGUGCUGGUGCGAACGUUGGCGUGUGUGCUACGGUUCGUAGGGAAUAUUCGUAAAAAGCAACAGGGAAAGCAGAUCGAAACCCUACCGACUGCAUCUCAGAUGCGUGGAUUAGUGCGACGGAUGGUUCCGGCGAAGGAACAGCCCCUGACUCACAAGGAGUUUCAAGAAGCUGAACGUCUUCUAUGGAAAAUGGCACAAGCGGAGCGGUUCGCAGCGGAAAUCCGGAUUCUCCGACAGAAACCCGCCGGUACGAUCCUGCCCAAGGCUGACAAGGAUAGUGACCUGUACAAACUGUCUCCAGUCGUCGACGAGUUUGGAAUACUCCGGCAUGAAGGCCGAACAAAGGAAGCGGACUUCCUCCCGUUCGAGUUACGAUUUCCCAUCAUUCUUCCAAGAGGACAUCCGAUCACCAUCAGGUUAUUGGAAUACUAUCAUCAGAGAUUCGGCCAUGCAAACCGAGAAACUAUUACGAACGAGUUGCGGCAGAGAUUCUACAUCCCGUAUAUGAGAGCGCAGCUGAAGAAGGUGAUGCGAGAAUGCAUGUGGUGUAAGGUGCACAAAUGUCGGCCAAGAAUUCCACGAAUGGCACCGCUUCCGGUUCAACGGCUUACUCCAAAUUUGCGUCCGUUUAGUUUCUCGGGGGUGGACUACUUCGGUCCGAUCACAGUCACAGUUGGCCGUCGCACAGAGAAACGUUGGGUGUCUCUGUUCACCUGUUUAACAACUAGAGCCGUCCACUUAGAAGUGACACACAGCUUGUCAACACAGAGUUGCGUAAUGGCCAUCCGUCGAUUCGCUUGCAGACGUGGAAUGCCGAUUGAAUUCUUUUCCGACAAUGGUACAAACUUCGUCGGUGCGAGCAAAGAGGUAACCAGAAGUAUAAAUACAGAAUGUUGUGAUACUUUUACUGACGCGAGGACCAGAUGGAGUUUCAAUCCUCCUUCUGCUCCGCAUAUGGGUGGGGUCUGGGAAAGACUCGUCCGUUCCGUGAAGGAAGCGAUGAAGGUUUUCGAUGACGGUCGGAAGUUGACAGACGAGAUCCUGCUGACCACUCUAGCUGAAGCUGAGGAUUUGAUAAACACGAGGCCGCUGACAUACGUUCCGCAGGAAUCAGCAGAGGUUGAAGCAUUAACGCCGAACCAUUUCAUACGUGGGUUGCCAUCUACCGGUGGUGACACUUGGAAGCCGACAACUGGAGAAGCUGAAGCUUUGCGUGAUACUUAUAAGCGUUCGCAGAGGUUGGCGGACAAGCUUUGGAAGCGCUGGUUGGAGGAGUAUUUACCAUCGAUCAAUUUGCGUUCAAAGUGGCAUGCCGAUUCUGAGCCACUCAUGCAAGGUGAAGUCGUGUACUUGGCAGAUGGCAACAACCGUAAGUCCUGGGUGCGUGGAAUGGUACAGGAGCUGAUAAGGAGUUCGGAUGGGCGCAUUAGACAGGCCAUUGUGCGCACAUGUAAGGGUGUGUAUCGACGCCCUGUGGCAAAGCUGGCGGUGCCAGAGCUAAGAGACGUGAACUCUAGCUUCUUACAGUCUGCGCAAGAGUUACGGGGAGGGGCUGUUGAGGCACCGCCCACUGGGCACACUGCCAAGUCCUCACCAACACAUGUACCGGUAGAAAAUCGUACUACCUGA